AUGGCUGACCCACUUCCCAAAGACACCGGAGCUAGAGCGCCGGCGUCGGAAUUAGUGAACGACACGAAGCUGGACACUGUCUUCAAGAAAGAUUACACGAUUCAUUUGAUCGAUCGAAAGAAGCAUAAGUGGAAGGCGAACCAAGAACUUGGGCAGGGAGCAUUCGGGGUCGUUUGGCUCGAGAAGCUGGUAGGAGGUGGCGACGGCGACGUACGAGCUGUCAAGAAAAUAAACAAGGAAGACGCAAAGAAUUACAAUCGCGAGCUGCAUGCGAUAGCGAAGUUUUCCAAAGACCGGUUCAAUACAUGGUUCGUCAAGUCGUUCGGAUGGUACGAAAAUGACGAGCAUGUCUUCAUCUCGAUGGAAUACCUUCCCCACGGAGAUCUAGGCUGUUAUCUCGACAAGUCCGGCCCACUACCAGAGCUCGAAGUUCAACAAAUCGCUUGCCAGAUACUAGAAGGGCUCGAAUGUAUGCACAAAGACGAAUUCAUUCAUCGCGACCUAAAGCCACAAAACGUACUCAUCAAAGAGACUGGCCCUCGUUGGUGGAUCAAGCUCGGCGAUUUUGGGAUCAGCAAGCGUAUGGAUAACGCCGAGUUGCAUCAUACAGUCACUGGUACACCUGCCUUCAUGGCACCUGAAAUGCUCGCGUACGGCGGUAAACUUCAUUCUGAGACUUUCGCCGACUCGAAACCAUAUACAAACGCUGUAGACAUCUGGGCCUUGGGCGCAUUGGUAUUCAUGGCUCUUACUGGGGUGCGCCCUUUCGCGAAAGAUUUGCUAUCCUACGUCAACUACAAAACGCCGUUCCCUAAGGACUUGCUACAGAAGUGCGACGUCUCACAGCCUGGAUGUGAUUUCAUCGAAAGACUUUUGGCAGUCAUUCCCGAAGAUCGACUCACGGCCUCCGGCGCACUGCACGAUACUUGGCUUGCAGAACAAAGAGCGGAAUCUCUUGCAGCGUCGCUCGAAUCCCUGGAGUACAUAACAGCCCUUUCCAUCUAA